AUGGAGAAACGCACGACUCGCUCCAGCUCCCGCCUCGCCGCGGCAGCCAACAAGGGCAACAACAACAACAACCCCGAGCACAACGAAAAGAACGAUGAAGGAGCCAGCGACACCGCUCCCGGAGUAGCAGAAGGUAUCGAAGGUAUCGAAAGCGCGAUCGCUGCAGGUGAUCAGAAGCGCAGGUCGCAGUACAAGGCGAACGCCAUGCCCAAGACGGCCAAAGAAGCGGCCAACAAACGGGUCAAGGAAGAUGCCCAGCUCCGUAAGCAGCGACGGGAGGAGCUUGUUAGCGCCAAGCGGUUCAAGCGGUCCAAGGAUCAGACUGAAACUGGUGCAGACGAAGAGGUCGAGCUGGGGAAGGAUCAACUCGAUAGCGUCCAGGCGCUGCUCAAGAGUGAAAAGAGGACCGAGAAAAUCGAAGCACUCACGACUGUCAGCGAGUAUCUGACAAACCAUAGCGGAUCCCGCGCCCUCCAGACCUUGGUCUCAAGCAAGGAGUUUGCUACCAUCCUCGAGGGUUUGUUGACGGGGUCAGAUGCAGAAGAGCAAUUGUUGGCGGCAUCGGUCGUGACCAACAUGGCAGCGGGUGGAUCCUCUGAACUGUGUGAAGCUGCUCUGAACACGGCCCCUCACCUGAUCCAGUUCUUGGACAGCCAGAAUUUGGCUCUUGUUGACCAGUCUGCUUGGGCCUUGGGCAACAUUGCUGCCGAUGGUCCCAAGUUCCGAGACCGUCUCAAGGACAAUGGCGUCCUUCCACCUCUCAUCAAGCUCUUGGACUCAAAGGAUUUGAACUUGGUGCAGACAGCCUGCUUUGCAUUGUCGAACCUGGCGCGUGGAGAGGGCGCACAACAGGAGGUUCUGGUCAAAGCUGGACUCAUCAAGCCAUUGCUUCACCACCUUCGCGUCGACACUGUAAGUGCACGUUUCCAGAAUCAGGAGCCGGCGGUGAUUUCGGAAGCGGCGUGGGUGGUAGUGUAUUUGACAUCGGGCCCCGAAAAUGUGAGUACACAGUUGUUGGAACAUCGUCUGAUCCCGUUGUUGGUGACACCCUUGAAGGAUUUCUUGGAUCAGAAGGCUCUCGCGAUCCCCUUGGUCCGUGCACUCGGUAACAUCGCCAGUGGGCCCGACAACAAUACCUCGGCUUUGAUUAACGAGCCGGGCUUCCUCCCUGCCAUGCUCCAGUUUAUUCAGUCUGACUGCCGACCGGUCAAGAAGGAAAGUCUUUGGUUGAUGUCGAAUAUCACUGCAGACCACACUGGCAAGGACUUGAUCAAGGUGAUCGACGCUGGAUUCAUCCCCGUCCUCUCCCAGAUCGCCUCCCACCAGAACUUUGACAUUCGCAAAGAGGCAGCAUACAGUCUCAUCAACCUGGCAUCACACGGCCCAGACUACGCAAAGGCCCUCCCACAUCGAGAACUCCUCCCAGGUUUCUUGGACUUUAUGCGCACAAAGGACCACGAACUCAUCUCCCUAGGACUGCGCUACGUCCAACUCCUGCUCAACUCGGGCAUCCAGGAUGCGCCCGCGCUGCUCUCGGAAAUGAACGGCGUCGAUGCUCUUGAGGCAGUUAUCCUUUCGGACGACAGGGACCAGCAUCGUCUGGCCUCGCUGUUAAUGGACACUUACUUUGGAGAGAACAACCAUGGCUCCCGUGUCCCGACUCCAAUCCCCGGUACUCCGGAUCCUUCGGGUCAUAGCACCAAUAACAGUGGAAGCAAUUUGAACCCCAAUUCUUUGGGCUCGUCGGCGGAACCAAGCAGCUUGCCUCCUCAAUACCUGAAGCGUGCCAGCAUGUCUGCCAUCUAA